AUGGUUUUCUCAGGUGGAAGUCCAACCUUGUUACUGGACAUGGCCGUUACCACCAAGCAAUCCCCAGAUGGAACUGCUUUGACUCUCCCUUUUGUACCAACUCGUGGCCCCAGCUGUUGA